AUGUCCAUAACGUGGUGGACAUAUGGAACAGAAUUUCGUCAUUUACCCCAGCCUUUCUCGUCUGUUCAUAAACUACUGUUGUUUUUUGAGUUUGGUCAUAUAAUUGCAGGAGAUGAGCUCCUUUCUGAUUCAUCCUCACACACAGAAAUUGCUAAUGGCAUGCUAUGGGAGGUAGAAGGAAAGUGGGUUGUUCAAGGAACAAUUGACGUAGAUAUUGGUGCGAACCCAUCUGCCGAGGGUGCUGAUGAAGACGAUGUAAGAUCAUUUGGUGGGCCGACGAAGGUGUUGACGAUCAAGCAGUUUGUGACUUAUAUGAAGCGUCACAUUAAGGCAUUUACUCCCAAGUUGGAUGAGGAGAAGCAGGAACUAUUCAAGAAACACAUUGAAGAAGCUACCAAAUUUCUCCUCUCUAAGCUUAAGACCUUCAGCUGUGAGUGUCUGGCUUUGAGCUGGAUGGGCGCUUUUGAUACUGAUGUCGUUGCAUUGAAUUAG